GGGAGGUUGUGGGGGCGGCCGCCAGGUGGCUCCACCAGCAGGGCCACCUUGCCGGAAACACACAGAUGACACAACUCUGGCAGAUGCCUCAGUAACUUUUAUUAUUCUACGCCUCAGGUGACCUCAGUCUCGGCACGAUGUCGAGCAUAAAACAGGUGAUCAAUGAUGCCGUGGAGAAAGGUAAGGAGGUAUACGAAAAAGUGCGACAACCAAAUCCCAUCCGCCUACGAGACCUCAUAAGACAGAUUCGCUCGGCCAAGACAGCCGCUGAGGAAAGAGCGGUUGUUAACAGGGAGUGUGCCUACAUCCGCCUUACAUUCCGUGAAGAAGAUUCUGUUUGGAGAUGUCGCAAUGUUGCCAAACUUUUAUACAUACAUAUGUUAGGAUAUCCUGCUCACUUUGGUCAGAUGGAAUGCCUUAAGCUAAUUGCAUCGCCACGUUUCACUGACAAACGCAUCGGUUACCUCGGAGCCAUGUUACUGUUGGAUGAGCGGCAAGACGUGCACCUGCUUAUCACAAAUUCCCUCAAGAAUGAUUUAAACUCUUCAACACAGUUUGUACAAGGCUUGGCACUGUGCACUCUUGGAGCUAUUGCCUCUCCUGAAAUGUCACGUGACCUUGCGGGAGAAGUUGAGAGACUCCUAAAAUCUUCAAAUGCAUACAUACGUAAAAAGGCAGCUGUUUGUGCUCUGCGAAUUAUCUGCAAAGUUCCGGAAUUAAUGGAGAUGUACCUGCCAGCCACACGCUCACUCCUGUCUGAAAAGAAUCAUGGUGUGCUGAUCACAGGCGUCACGCUGAUCACAGAGAUGUGCCGCCAGUCUCCGGACAUGCUUGCUCACUUCAAAAAGGAUCCCGAGCACUCCGAGAUUGUUCCCAACCUGGUGCGUAUCCUCAAGAAUCUGAUCAUGGCCGGCUAUUCUCCAGAGCACGAUGUUCAAGGUGUCUCAGAUCCCUUUCUACAGGUCUCACCCAGAAAAUGUAGUUUCAUUAGAUUCAACACUGAUUUUUUUGGUUGUGGAGACAGUGAAGCCUCAGAAACCAUGAACGAUAUUUUAGCACAGGUGGCCACCAAUACUGAAUCUUCCAAGAAUGUGGGCAAUGCCAUACUGUAUGAAACAGUACUUUCUAUAAUGGACAUUAAGAGUGAGAGUGGAUUAAGGGUUUUGGCUAUUAAUAUCCUAGGACGGUUCUUGCUGAAUGCAGAUAAGAACAUCCGAUACGUAGCACUGAACACCCUUCUCCGCGUUGUUCAUGCCGAUAAUUCUGCCGUCCAACGUCACCGCUCUACCAUCUUGGAAUGCCUCAAGGAUGCUGACAUUUCCAUCCGACGACGAGCAAUGGAGUUAUGUUUUGCACUGAUCAAUGGCAAUAAUAUUCGCACCAUGAUGAAGGAGUUGUUGACGUUCUUAGAAAAAGCAGAACCUGAAUUUAAGGCCUCGUGUUCAUCUAAAUGUGUUCUGGCAGCAGAAAAGUUCUCGCCUAAUGUUCGGUGGCACAUAGACACGCUUCUCAAAGUUGUGGAAGCUGCUGGAAAUCACGUACCAGAUGAUGUGGUGUCAUCCACUAUACAGUUAAUAUCAGAGACACGAACAGAACAAGCCUAUGCCGUUGGGGAGCUGUGGCGACACCUAUCAAUUGCUCAGAUGGAAUACCAGCCUAUGAUCCAAGUCUCCACUUGGUGUAUAGGCGAAUUUGGAGAUUUAUUAUUAAGUGGACAUGCUGAUGUAACUGUGGUGGAAUCUGAUUUGAUAGACAUUUACCAGAAAAUUUUGUGGUCAUCACAGUGUUCUAUUACGACAAAGGAGUAUGCCCUUACCUCAUUAAUGAAGCUCUCAGCGAGACUCACCCAUGAAGUUGGAUCUAUACAACAAGUUGUUAGUGCUUUUGGAUCUCACCUGAACAUUGAGCUACAACAAAGAGGAAUAGAGUACAGUCAGCUCUUCACCAGACACAACCAUAUGCGAGGACCUCUGUUGGAACGGAUGCCACCAUUUGAGGGUACAAGAGCAAGUGCAGAACAAGAUAAGAUGGCAAUCACAAAUGGAAUUGAUGCUUCACCUGACAACCACUCGCUCCUCAAUGACCUAACAUCGCCAAACAACAACGCUCAUGAAACAAAUGAAUCGAAUGCGUUGCUCGACCUAUUAGGAGGGAUGGAACCAGGGGAUAAUGAGACAGUCCCGGCCACUAGCACAGCAGGUGUUCUCAGUGUUCCCUCAACAAUGCCUGCAGUUAAUGCUGACAUAUUGGACUUGUUAGGAGGGUUGGACUCUGGCCCAGCAGCACCGGUGCCGGCCUCCAACAUGAACGACACAACUACUCCUGCCCAACUACCCAACUCUAGCAAUGCUGCCUACCUGCUAGAUGGUCUGCUCAACAACUCGACCCCUGUAAUCACCUCCCUAAACUCUCCGGUCACAAACUCUGUAGUCACCAUUCCUACUAGCAACCUAAUUAUCCCACCACUCCAAAAGUCAAGUAUACCAGGUAUUACUGCAUAUGAUAAGAAUGGAAUAAGAUUGGACAUGGCAUUUGAUGUUCAAGAAUCCAUCACUACUAUCAACAUGCUGGCGACCAACAACUCUGGAGCCCAAGUUACAGACUUUCUCUUCCAAGCUGCUGUACCCAAGUCAAUACAGCUGCAGAUGUUGAACCCCAGCAGCACCAUCAUGGCUCCUACUACUUCACUCUCACAACUGAUCAAGGUCAACAACCCUAACAAGGUGCCACUACGAAUGAGGAUAAAGUUAUCAUGGUUAGCAAAUGGGACGGCUCUUCAAGACCAAGGAGAAAUUAGCAAUUUUCCUUCAGUAUUGUGGCAGUGACAGCACCCAUACUCUCGUUACCCCAGCUACCACAUGCAUCUUUCUUCUCACUCCCUCUCCUCACCCCAUGGUUACAUCUCAAUUUGUAGUAUACCUGUGUCCUAUAUCACCCCUUCCCUCUCUCAACUAUCACCAAGUCUCUUGUCUAACAACUAUUUUAAGAUGCCUUUCCUCACCACUCUCCACACAAUUUGUCUUAUAAUUGGUUUAGUCAUUGCUUUGGGAUUUUCCAAAUCUCUCGCAUCAUCAUAUCUUCCAUCAUAUUUCCCUCGUGCAUUUUUGUACACCUUUAUAACAUUAAUAACUAUGAAAAUAUUUAUUUAUUGCCUUUCUGUACAAAACUUUAAGUUUCUAAAUUUAGUUGUUCAUAUCCUAAUGUUGUCAUCAUCACUCUCCUCUCCAAGAAUCUCUCUCUCCUCUAUUAGUUAUCAACUUUGCAUUGAUCUGCAUCAACUUAUUUCAUUUUCUUUAUAUAUAUUGUCCUCUCCAAACAGGGUAAUACAUUUUUGGUUAAUAUUCUCGUUGGUGUGUUGUAAAGUUGUAGUGUGUUACCCAUGUGUUCUAUCACCAUGUGUUUUGUUGUAUAUGUUGCAUUCAUCUUGGGUGUUGGUGGUGUCAUGCCAGACCUUCCUCUUUCACAACACAAGUGCAUCAUGCCCAUACUGUGUACCAUUAAUUAUGAGGUGACAGGGAUGUUGCUUCAGGUCAUCUGCGAUUACUCCUGCCCACUUUCUUGUGGCAUUUGCAAUUAUUUUAUAUUCUUUCUACUACAUAAAAUGUCUCUUUCUUCAUUCAAUAAGGCCCAUAUUUUUUGAAGCAAGUAUUAUGUAAAAUAUUACAACAGAUUCCAAUUGGAAAACAUUAUGGGUUUUUGUAUGCGUGGAAUUGUAAUAAGCAUGAAUUGAAACAUCUUUGAAGUACGGUACAGUAUUGCAUAUAUGCAACCUAACAUUUCUCCAAAUUCUGGGUGGGUUGUGACAUACUGUACAUUGUUCAUUAUAGCAUAGUGUGAGCGAGCCUUGGGUUGGUGGGAAUUAUAUAUGUGAAGAUGCCACCAUGUUUAAUAUUGUGAGUGUAGUGAGAGAAGAAUGUGAGGCUACUGUAAACAGGCCACUUAUUGUUAUAAUUAUUGUAAAUACAGUACGUAUAUUUGUUCUUGGUUUUCAUAAUGGGUUAGCAUUAUCUAUAAAGUUGUGUGUUUCAUAUUAUUAUUAUUAUUAUUUUAAUAAUGUCCUUGAAUUUCAGUUAAUACUGAGUCAGUAGGCAGGAGUCAUUGUGCCAUGAUUGUUGCUGGACUUGUGAAUGAAGCCUUAACUCAUAUAAUUUUGAGAAAUAGAGGAGAAUAAGGAGCUUAACUAGUGAUGUGGUAAUAAGGUUUGUGACAGUUUUCAGAAAUGGGUUAGUGAUUUUGUGUGUGGAUUUUAACGGUUUGGGUCCAGGUCUCCCAGUUUGGUGCAGUUUAACGCUGGCAUCUUAUUGCUGCUGUUAGACAAGUGCAUCUUCUCUAUUUUCUACCCAUUUAUGCAAAACACAAGUUUUCAUGUUGCAAAUGUUUGUGACGAGUGUUCUCUCCUUGUACUUAACGUUAUGUUGCACGCAUUGAAAUCGUGUUUUGUAACUUAUUUUAUUCUAUAUAAUUCACUUUCACAUUUAGAAUUUAUCUUAUUAUAAAUCAUGCUAAUAUUUAUGACUUCUUUUAAGCCAUGGUUCUUUUUCUUUUGGAAAUUAUUGGUAAUGUACUUAGAGAUAACAAGGUAUUUUGAUAUGUGAAAUAUCCUUGUGUAUUUACUUUGCUUUUUAGUCUGGCAAAUAAUAAUAACUGGUACAACAUUUGAGUGCUGGUGCAGUGUUGUGUACACACCUUUAACAGUAUUGUGUACACACCUUUAACAGUGUUGUGUACACACCUUUAACAGUGUUGUGUACACACCUUUAACAGUGUUGUGUACACACCUUUAACAGUGUUGCAGCUGCACCUUUAACAGUGUUCCUUGUUAAUGGUGUGUGAGCCAGACACAGUGUUGCAACUGCACCUUUAACAGUGUUCCUUGUUAAUGUUGUGUGAGCCAGACACAGUGUUGCAACUGCACCUUUAACAGUGUUCCUUGUUAAUGUUGUGUGAGCCAGACACAGUGUUGCAACUGCACCUUUAACAAAGUAACUCAUUCUUCUCAAGAUCAAAGCUUAAAUUGUACCUUUGUGAUAUUAAUUGUUUGCACCUGAAUAAUAAUAGUGAUAGGCAGAGGAGCGUUUCUCUAGCUUGUGGUUACAAUAAUAACAAUGUGUCGUAGACCUAUUUUCUCUGUUUUGACACUGCUAGAGGUCUUGUUUUAUAAUAGUGUGGAUCGUGUAAAUAUUUGAGAAAACAUGAGCCGAGUUAGGUGUUAAGUAAUUGUUGUAAAUAUUUGUUACGAAAUGAUCCACAGACAGGAGGGCUGGAAACUAUCACCUAAGCUCACCUCUCAAUUUUGGCUGUAACAAAAAAAUCCAUCCACAUCAAUAUCCCCAAAUACUUUGUUUUUCAUGUACAAUUCUAACUAAAAGCUACUUUUAAUUUUAUUAUUUAUAUGGGGUCAUGGAGUAUGAAUUUGUUUGGGAGAAAUUUGUGCCCUCAGUACCAUGCCAAUAUGUCUUGUUUAGUAAUGUGAAUAGUAAAAUGGCCUUUAUAUUGAUUGGGGUUAAGCUGAUACGUCUAUGGUCCUGUCGGUUAUUACGUUGUUGCAGUGCGGGACCUUUAGACCCAAGAAUUAUAUAUUUUGUGCAACCUGUCCUCUUGUAUUACAUUUACGUAGUGUUUGUAUAUUUUAUGUCGCCUAGAAAUAUUGUAUCUAUAUAUUGUUUGAUAUAGUACUUCAGUUAUAAGGAACAUUUUCUGUAUAUAAAACUUCCAGAGCUGCUUUUUCAAAAAGUGCGGGAAAGUGUUUGCCAGACCCAGAGGAAGGUAGUGAGGGGGACGGCAGAGGAAGGUAGUGAGGGGGACGGCAGAGGAAGGCAGUGAGGGGGACGGCAGAGGAAGGUAGUGAGGGGGACGGCAGAGGAAGGUAGUGAGGGGGACGGCAGAGGAAGGUAGUGAGGGGGACGGCAGAGGAAGGCAGUGAGGGGGACGGCAGAGGAAGGCAGUGAGGGGGACGGCAGAGGAAGGCAGUGAGGGGGACGGCAGAGGAAGGUAGUGAGGGGGACGGCAGAGGAAGGUAGUGAGGGGGACGGCAGAGGAAGGUAGUGAGGGGGACGGCAGAGGAAGGCAGUGAGGGGGACGGCAGAGGAAGGCAGUGAGGGGGACGGCAGAGGAAGGUAGUGAGGGGGACGGCAGAGGAAGGUAGUGAGGGGGACGGCAGAGGAAGGUAGUGAGGGGGACGGCAGAGGAAGGUAGUGAGGGGGACGGCAGAGGAAGGUAGUGAGGGGGACGGCAGAGGAAGGUAGUGAGGGGGACGGCAGAGGAAGGUAGUGAGGGGGACGGCAGAGGAAGGUAGUGAGGGGGACAGCAGAGGAAGGUAGUGAGGGGGACGGCAGAGGAAGGUAGUGAGGGGGACGGCAGAGGGAUGUAGUGAGGGGGACGGCAGAGGAAGGUAGUGAGGGGGACGGCAGAGGAAGGUAGUGAGGGGGACGGCAGAGGAAGGUAGUGAGGGGGACGGCAGAGGAAGACUGUGAUGGCAAGGCUGCUGCAAGUCCAUGCAUUAUUUAUUUAUAUGAGACCUUUGCUUAUAUUUAACUUGUAAUAUUAUCAAUUAUUUGUGCUGAAAGGUAUCCUAUAAGACAAAUUAGACAACAUAAACAAAAUUUUCUAGGGCAUUUUAUUGUUAGGCCUCCCUGUCUAUAGUGUUAACUUUGAUUAAAGGAAAUUGAGGUUCAUACGUGGUACAGUAUUUUAUUAUGUUAUAUGUCAGACUUUGUCAAUUCAUUCUUGAAUUCUCAGAAGCUGGGAGAUGAGGUGUCCAAUUCCAUUUGAGGACAUAUAUAAAUGCUGAUUUUCCCAGUGGAAGAAAGCCAAUAGCUAAUUACUGGUAAUGGACAUGCAAUGCUACUUAUUAUCAAGCAUAGGAGUUAUUGUGACAGGUUCCAAUGGUAGUUGUCUUGCCCCCUAAGCACUUGGUCUCGGGUGCUGGCAUAUCCCCACCCAUUGCUUGAGAGUAGGCCGGGUCCACUAAGCCAUUCCAUGUUCUCUGGUGAUGUAAAUGAGCCCUUCUGGCAUUGUCAUAUUGAUCAUUUGGGGAAAAAAUAAAUUUAUCGAAUUUUUA